AUUAAUUUGAGGUUCACGUUUAUUUCAAGCGCUUCUGCACUGAAAUCCUACAUAAUAAACAACCCAAUUGGCUAAAAAUAUUGUAACAGCGUUCAAAAUCGAAGCUUGGUGAAUCUGAUCCUUAAGGAAUGGCAGAGAAUUGGAACCAAACAGCUCUUCUUGUAAUCGAUAUGCAGAAAGAUUUUAUAGAAGAUGGAAGUCCUAUGCUGGUUAAAGGAGGGAAAGAUAUUGUCCCAAAUGUGAUUAAGGCUGUUGAAGUUGCAAGAAAACAUGGAAUUCUCAUUGUUUGGGUAGUACGUGAACAUGAUCCCUUGGGAAGAGAUGUUGAACUCUUUCGCCGACAUCUAUAUACAGCAGAAAAAGUUGGUCCGACCGCUCGAGGAAGUGAAGGUUCAGAAUUAGUCGACGGGCUCGUCAUUAGAGAAGAGGAUUUUAAACUUGUGAAGACAAGGUUUAGUGCAUUCUUUUCUACACAUCUUCAUUCAGUCCUUCAACGAGAAGGAAUCAAUAGCCUGGUGAUCACCGGUGUUCAAACUCCAAACUGUAUUCGGCAAACUGUUUUUGAUGCUGUCGCGUUGGACUAUCAACAUGUGACUGUUCUUUUUGACGCCACAGCAGCAGCCACACCCGAAAUUCAUCUUGCCAAUGUGUUUGACAUGAAAAACAUUGGAGUUGCAACACCAACAUUACAAGAAUGGAGUGAAUCCAAAGCUUGAUCAGUAUGGACCCUGCAUAAUGGAACUUUUUGCAUUAUGUGGUAUUCAAUUUCAAGAUUCAAAGGCAUUGAUAUCUUGUGAAUAGUUUUAGAUGUGUUGUUUCGACAUCAAAAUAGAAACACACUAUGUGAUGUAUUUUUCGUUAAAAAAGCAAGUGAACUUCUUCAGCAUUGAUGAUUAUGCUGUUUUCA